CGGGCGGAGGCGGCGCGGCCCGGCCCGCUCAAGAUGGCGGUGCGGAAGAAGGACGGCGGCCCCAACGUCAAGUACUACGAGGCCUCGGACACCGUCAGCCAGUUCGACAACGUGCGGCUCUGGCUCGGCAAGAACUACAAGAAGUACAUCCAGGCCGAGCCCCCCACCAACAAGUCGCUGUCGAGCCUGGUGGUGCAGCUGCUGCAGUUCCAGGAGGAGGUGUUCGGGAAGCACGUCAGUAACGCGCCCCUCACCAAGCUGCCGAUCAAAUGCUUCCUGGAUUUCAAGGCGGGGGGAGCCCUGUGCCACAUCCUGGCAGCGGCCUAUAAAUUCAAGAGCGACCAAGGAUGGCGGCGUUUCGAUUUCCAGAAUCCCUCGCGGAUGGACCGCAACGUGGAGAUGUUCAUGACCAUCGAGAAAUCCCUGGUGCAGAACAACUGCCUGGCCCGGCCCAACAUCUUCCUGCACCAGGAGAUUGAGCCCAAACUGCUGGGCAAGCUGAAGGACAUCGUCAAGAGGCACCAGGGCACCGUGACCGAGGACAAGAGCAACGCGUCCCACAUUGUCUGCCCUGUCCCCGGGAACCUGGAGGAAGAGGAGUGGGUCCGGCCGGUCAUGAAGCGUGACAAGCAGGUGCUGCUGCACUGGGGCUACUACCCAGACAGCUACGACACCUGGAUCCCCGCCAGCGAGAUCGAGGCGUCCGUGGAGGACGCCCCGACACCGGAGAAGCCUCGGAAGGUCCAUGCCAAGUGGAUCCUGGACACGGACACCUUCAACGAGUGGAUGAACGAGGAGGAUUACGAGGUGACGGACGAGAAGAGCCCCGUCACCCGCAGGAAGAAGAUCUCGGCCAAGACGCUGACGGACGAGGUGAACAGCCCCGACUCGGACCGGCGGGACAAGAAGGGGGGUAACUACAAGAAGCGGAAGCGCUCGCCCUCCCCGUCACCCACCCCUGAGGCCAAGAAGAAGAACGCGAAGAAGGGACCUUCCACCCCCUACAACAAAUCCAAGCGCGGGCACCGCGAGGAGGAGCAGGAGGACCUGACAAAGGACAUGGACGAGCCCUCGCCCGUCCCCAACGUGGAGGAGGUCACCCUGCCCAAAACAGUCAACACCAAGAAGGACUCAGAGUCAGCGCCCGUGAAGGGGGGCACCAUGACAGACCUGGAUGAGCAGGAAGAUGAGAGCAUGGAGACAGCUGGCAAGGACGAGGAGGAGAACGGCACUGGGAGCAAGGGGGAGCAGGCCAAGAACCCCGACCUGCACGAGGACAACGUGACGGAGCAGACCCACCACAUCAUCAUCCCCAGCUACGCCGCCUGGUUCGACUACAACAGCGUCCACGCCAUCGAGCGCCGCGCCCUGCCCGAGUUCUUCAACGGCAAGAAUAAAUCCAAGACCCCCGAAAUAUACCUGGCCUACCGCAACUUCAUGAUCGACACGUACCGGCUGAACCCGCAGGAGUACCUCACCUCCACCGCCUGCCGCCGCAACCUGGCCGGCGACGUCUGUGCCAUCAUGCGGUGGGUGCGGGGCCGGGGGCGGGGGGGAGGUUUGGCACCCUCGUAUUGGCAGGAGACCGGGGCCAGUGGGGCUGGGACCGGUGUGGCACCGCGGUGCUGACGGGGUCAGUGUGGCACCUCAGCACUGACGGGGUCAGUGUGGCACCUCAGCACUGAUGAGGGGUCAGUGUGG